CCCAUUGCAAUUUUCUCUUACCCUCUUUACUGUCUGCCUAAACUCGCUUAAUUUUUUUUUUAAAUUUUAUUAAUUUCUAGCUUUAAUUUUUUUAAGGAAGUCUAAAACCUUGUUUCAUCUGUUGAUUUUUCUUUUGGGGUUUUGGGGUGUUUGUGUAUGUCUUUGAGGCCGACGUAGUAAAAUGUUGAGUUAAAUUCAGAGGAAUUGGAGUUGUGGGUUUUGAGUAGGGUUUAGAUCAAAUAUACCGGAAGUGAAGGUUAUUGAUUGAUUUUAUCUGGAUUUUUAAAAUUUUAAUCUUUGCAUUGAAGGUUGAUUGGCAAGUAUGUGUCACAGACUUGAGACAAUCGAGAUAAGCCUCGAAUGGAAAUUCCCGUAACAGAUUAAUGUGGGAUAUAUUCUGCAUUUGAGAGUCAUUAGGAAGUGGGUUCCAAUGAUUUGGUUAUUCCACCGUACCUGUUCAUUGUAAUCUUCAUGGAGGAAGGUUUCUGCUGUAAUGGGUUUUCGUGAUUAAAACGAAGAUAAAAGAUGGUCCUUUCGUUACUGAUGUUUUCGUACAAGUGUAAUAGUUGUUGAGGGUGUUGAUUGGAUGGUGAAAACAAACUUAGCUUCUUCUCCUGAACUGUAGGCAUGAGCAAUGAUAUAGAAUAGCCAUUUUGUUGCUGAAACAAAGGUAUUAUGCAAUAAUUUAUGGAACUUUGCAGUUUGGUUGUUAUCACGUUUAAAUUUUAGACAGUGAUUACUUUAGCUACUAUUUGUUUCUUGUUAUCUAUGGCGUUUCCUAAGUUGGUUAUUGUGAAGUUCUAACAGAUGGAGUACGUGAGCCCAGAAGGUCUUCGCUUAGAUGGUCGGCGGCCCAUGGAAAUGAGACAAAUCCGAGGAGAGAUUGGUGUUGUGGAAAAAGCCGAUGGUUCUGCUGUGUUUGAGAUGGGGAACACCAAAGUCAUUGCUGCAGUGUAUGGCCCUCGAGAGGUCCAAAAUAGGAGCCAGCAGAUGAAUGACAAGGCACUGGUGCGGUGUGAGUACACCAUGGCAAAUUUUAGUACUGGAGAUCGCAUGAGGAAACCAAAGGGUGAUAGACGAUCCACAGAGAUUUCUCUUGUUAUUCGGCAAACCAUGGAAGCAUGCAUUAUGACACAUUUAAUGCCUCGGACUCAGUUUGAUAUUUUUGUGCAAGUUCUCCAAGCAGAUGGAGGAACUAGAUCUGCAUGUAUCAAUGCUGCAACCCUGGCCCUUUCAGAUGCUGGAAUUCCAAUGCGCGAUCUUGUUACUUCUUGUAGUGCCGGUUACCUUAAUAGCACACCUCUACUUGAUUUAAACUAUGUAGAAGAUAGUGCUGGAGGUGCUGAUGUCACUUUAGGUAUUAUGCCGAAGUUGGACAAAGUGACUCUUCUUCAGAUGGAUGCUAAAUUACCAUUGGAUAUUUUUGAAAAUGUAAUGCAACUUGCAAUUGAAGGCUGCAAGGCGGUUGCAACAUAUAUUCGAGAAGUAUUACUAGAGAAUACAAAGCAAUUGGAGUAUCGACGAGGCACCUAGUUUCAAAUCAUGAUUUGUGGUUGUUCGUAUGGAGUUCGAGGCGGCUGUAACAUGAAGACGGUGUUUGAUGGAGGAACAAGGCUUAAAAUUAAUGGGAACUUUAACGAAAAGCACCUGGUACUGUUCACUUUAACGAAAAACCACAUUUUUACACUAAAAAGUCAAUCCUGUUACUAUUUACUUUACCCU